AAAAGGAGCGGGGGUACGUAUGGAAAUGAAAAAAAAAGAUAAAACUAGGGUUUAGAAACAUUUCACCCGAACACACGUCUACUGCCGCCAUCUAGUGCUGCUGCUCUCUGAGGCGUCUUCAGGAGAAGUGAGAGGAAGCGGACGAUAAAACGCAAAAAUGCCAAAGCAGAUACAUGAAAUCAAGGAUUUUCUUCUCACAGCAAGAAGGAAGGAUGCUCGUUCUGUUAAAAUCAAGAGGAGAAGAGAUGUGGUGAAGUUCAAGGUUCGAUGCUCCAAGUAUCUUUACACACUAUGUGUGUUUGAUCCUGAGAAGGCUGACAAGUUGAAGCAAUCUCUUCCUCCAGGUUUGAGUGUUCAGGAACUGUGAAGAAACAAUCGAAGUGUUUCUGGGCCAUUACUGAAGUCAAGGAUCUAAUAUUUAGUCUUGUUUUUUUUAUUGUGAUUUUUGAGUAAUUUUGUCUUGAUUUAGUGACUUAUCACUGAGAUCUUAUCCUAUUCGUGGAGAGGCCUCUUCUUAUAAUACAAAGUGGUGGAUUGGUAGAA